AAACCAAUCCAUCUCAAUCUUACGAUUCAUUUGGAUUCUCACUUUAAUUUAUUCUGAAUGGUUUCAAUUCUAUAAUCAAAUCUCAUCUUGUCAAUGGCCUUCAAUUCCAUCUGAUGAAUCACAACCUGAUAUCAUUCCAAAUCAAUUUAAUUUACUUAUCAUUGCUGAUCCUCAAUUACCUUCGAUUCCUUAUUCUUAUCCAACCAGAUCUUAUUUACUUCAAUUCAUUAGUAUUCAAAUCAUCAAUCAAUUCAUUAGAAAGUCUUGGAGAUUACUCAUUAGGAUUAGAAAACCUGAUGCGAUUGUUUUCUUGGGUGAUCUUUUAGAUGCUGGUGUGGCUACUACAGAUCAAUCUGAAUAUCAAUCAUAUCUCGAUACUUUCCGACAUACAUUUCCAAUCCCAAACUCAUUAUCUGAAUCCAAUCGAAUCAUCUAUUUAGCGGGUAACCAUGAUCUUGGAUUAGCACCAUGGACGAAUUCGACUAAUUCUAAUUUAGUUAGAGAACGCUUUGUUCGUAACUUUCAACCUGGAUCACUUUCAGGUCAUCUUGAAUGGGGAAAUCAUUCGAUAGUUUGGAUAGAUUCGAUUGGAUUGAUUGAAGAAGAUAAACAAAGCAAGAAGAAUGGGGAUCAAAGUGAUCAGGAGAAAGUGGUGGGACCUGUAAAGAGCUUUAUUGAAAAGCUUAAUGGACCCGAUACACUCUUACCUAAAGUUUUGUUUACUCAUGUUCCACUUUGGAGAUCAGAAGGAACUUCUUGUGGUUCGUUACGUGAAUCAAGACGCGAAAUUCAUCAAGGUUCAGGUAAGAAUUAUCAAAAUGAGAUUUCAGAAGAAUUAUCGAAAUUCGUUUUGGAAAAAAUUCAACCUACCAUUGUUUUCAGUCAAUCAUUUUCAAUGGGAAUGGGUAUACAAAGACCAGGAUAUCAACUCUUAUCACUCUCGAAUCCGUCCAGAUUUGAUAAACUACCUGAAAAGGAUUCCACCUUUGAAACCUCAUGUCUCUUACCCAAUCAAAUCAAAUCAUACACUCAUCUUUAUGUACCAUUAUUCUUGAUCAGUUUGUUGAUGAUCUUUGGAAUGCCGAUUUGGAAUGUAAUGACCUCUCAUCGAUCUGGUAGGAUACGACAACAAGCCAAAACCAAUGGAUUACCAAUCCAUCAUCGUCAUCGGAAAUCAUUAUCAAGAACCUUGAUGUUUACGAAAAAACCCAUGAGCGUUGGAUCUGAUUCACAAUCGGGUAGUUUAAGUUUAGCCGGUGAAAGAGAAAGUUAUCCGUCUGGCUUACUCUUCCAAGAAGGAGGUCUCAUCAGUCAUCCUAAUGGGUUUAAUUCGCCUAGUAGUGUGAUCAGUUAUCAUUCUCCGGUCGAUUCGGGUCAUGAAGAUGAUCGGAUCUCUCAUCCUUUACCUAAUUUUCAAAAUUAUCAUUCUGGAAGCACAAAUUUGAAUGAAUUCAAUGGAUCUGCUCAACGAAAUAGUGGUAAACGUCCUUGUUUACCUAGUAGGUAUUCUAAUUCAAGUAAUUCAGAUUUUCAUCAACUUGGUACAAGAAGAAACCGAUCCUGUGAAAUCUUGUUUAAGUUACUUUCAAUUUUCAUUGGAAAGAAAAGAGUUGAAAGAUUAAGAAGUAGUAGGAGGGGAAGUAGGAGUGGAGGUGGUAGUAGAAGUAGAAGAAAAGGUGAGAUGGCAAAAGCUUGGAGUCAGUUUUGGAGUUUGGUUUGGAUGAUCGGAUUGGUUUAUGGAUUGAUUUGGUGUUGGUAUUGGUGGUGA